AUAUCCACUCCACCAUCUAUCAACUGAACCAACCCAGUACGACCUGGGGCGUUACUCCAUACCUUGUCUAAAACCCAGGAAUCUACGCGAAAACAGUCGCCAUGCCGGGCAAAAUCAUCGCCGUUACCUCGUCGUCGCACUUCUCCCAGCUUCUCUCGCAAUCUACAUACACCAUUGUAGACUUUUACGCGGACUGGUGCGGGCCAUGUAAAGCCAUUGCACCCGUCUUCCAGAACCUGGCAGAGAAGGAGACAAAGCCGGGAAGAAUGCAGUUUGUCAAGGUAGACGUAGAUAGCCAGCAAGAGGUUGCGAGAAAAUAUGGCGUCAACGCCAUGCCGACUUUCUUGGUAAUCAAGUCCAACUCGGUAGUUGAGACCAUCCGCGGCGCAAACCCCUCUGCCCUUACUGCCGCCGUGCGCAAAGCUGCCAGCGACACAUCUGGUCCGGGCGCCGCCUCCACUGCCUUCCAGUCCAAAGGGCGCACGCUCGGGUCAGCCGAAGAACCUAGUCGCCCGGUCGGAGACAGUUCAUUCGCAGGUUUACAACGCAUGUUGAUGGGCAACGGCGGCCUGACCGAUUUGGUUAUUAGAUUUGUAGCCCUGUACUUCAUCAGUCUAUUCGCAUUUGACGCGUUCAAGGCUGCAGAAGAUAGCCCAUUCAACGUGAAGGCGAAGCGAUAAAUACGCAGUCAAGAUGUUGGAGUAAGUGUGUAACUGCUUAGCCAAGAUGGGAUGAAAUGGCUGUUUGGCGUUGGGACAAGAACAAGGCGUUUGGGAGAUAUACCACUUCAAGUCAGAUCGUCACGCGUACUGGCAUUACUCUUUGCAGUCUAUGCAGUAAGCUGUGGAGAUAGUUGAACAUAAUUCAUUGAUACAUGCAAUGCCUUUUAAUUCUCCCUUCCUGUCUACGUAGUUUCGCAGUCUACUACA